GCGCAUUUUGCACCCAGUCCUGUUGUUUCCAGGACACUAUAAAAGAGCCGCCCCUUCACUGACAGUCACAACAGUGAGUCGCUUGACAUUGAACAUACUCCACCAGCACACGAAGAAGCAGACAUCAAUCGAACAAUGGAUCCCUGCGACUGCUCCAAGAGUGGAACCUGCAAGUGCGGAGCAUCCUGCGCUUGCACAAACUGCUCCUGCACCACCUGCAAGAAGAGCUGCUGCUCAUGCUGCCCACCAGGCUGCAGCAAGUGCGCCUCCGGCUGCGUGUGCAAAGGGAAGAAGUGCGACACCAGCUGCUGUCAGUGAGGAGCCUGCAACAUCAGCGCUCUACUGCCCUUGUGAUGGCGCCUGUGUGAACAACUAAUGACUAACUGCACAUGUCUACAUAAAAUGUAUUUUGUACUCGUCUCAGCGUUGCAGUAAAUUGCUCUCCUUAACGUGGAUGUGCUUUAGCUUAAAGUGGUCUUACGUGUAAGGGUUUCAAGCCUCAGCAUAAAACGGGCUGUGCAGUGUAAAGUCAUUUAACACAAUGGUUCUCAAAGUGGAGUCUAGGGACCCCCAGGGGUCCUUGACGGUUCUUGGGGUGACUACCAGGAAGUAUAAUUUUGGUAAUUCCACCUGUAAGUAAAAUGUCUACUAGGUCAAAGGUUUAUAUUAUGUAAUAAAAAACAUAAAAGCCA